AUGGGGAAUUUUCAAAACAUUCUCUAUGAUCAUCUGAAAGAUCAGAUUCCAUUUGCUGAUGAAGGUGUGCAUUUAGAAUAUCCUCCUGAAAAAGUUGAAGAUAGAUUAAAGGCACUUGAACAACGGCAUAAAGCUUUGGAAUUUCUUCUUCAAGAUUAUGUGGUUAAUGUUAACAUUCUUUUUGAUAAGGAUGUUAACAACAAAUUUUAUAAAUAUUCAAAAACCAAAAAUAAUAAAUUAUUAAACGUCGAACAAUUAGAAUAA